GUAAAAUAUGACAGCAAGACUUCAUAAUUGUUAUAAUAAUAAAUUAGAAGUUCUCGUCGUUCUGAACAGUAAAGCUCACCCCCGAGAAAAUGAAAAACGCGUUUGACCUUGUAAAACUCGUUCACCAUGAAUGCUUCUUCUUCAUCUUCAUCAAUCUCCUUUUCCUUUUUAACGCGUACACACGCUGAGUCAAAAAACACCCAAAAUUUUUGUUGCCCUGAAAAACAGUAAUUUAGGCCGCAAAACGUCGCUGAAUCGAACACUUUCAAAUACCCCACUUCUUCCCUCCAUUUUCUCCGCUUAUCAAGCCUUUUGCUAGAAUCUUAAGAACCAAAACCCGACAAAGAUCUGCCCUUUUGCUUUGUCUUGUUUUCAGCUUGAUUUAUUUGUUUUCUGGUCUGAUCAAUUUUAUUUACAUUUUUGGUUGUUGUGAUGGCGGAUAUUGUGAAACAAAUCUUGGCGAAGCCGAUUCAGUUAGCGGACCAAGUAACGAAAGCGGCGGAUGAAGCGAGUUCGUUUAAGCAAGAGUGUGCGGAGCUUAAGUCCAAGACAGAGAAACUUGCUGGCUUGCUCCGACAAGCGGCGCGUGCGAGUUCCGACCUUUACGUUCGUCCCACGCGCCGCAUAAUCGACGAUACUGAACAAGUCCUCGACAAAGCCCUCUCUUUGGUCCUCAAAUGCCGCGCCAACGGCAUUAUGAAGCGCGUGUUCACAAUCAACCCUGGUGCCGCCUUCCGUAAAAUGUCUUCCCAGCUCGAGAACUCUAUCGGCGAUGUGUCCUGGCUCCUCCGUGUGUCAGCUUCAGCUGACGAUCGCGACGAUGAGUACUUAGGCCUUCCUCCGAUCGCUGCUAACGAGCCUAUUUUACACCUAAUUUGGGAACAGAUCGCGAUUCUUUACACCGGUUCGCUUGAAAAUCGGUCCGAAGCGGCUGCCUCGCUUGUUUCGCUAGCCAGCGAUAAUGAUCGAUACGGGAAACUGAUUAUAGAAGAAGGAGGGGUUGGGCCGUUAUUGAAAUUAGUCAAAGAAGGGAAAGUCGAAGGUCAAGAAAACGCCGCCAAAGCAAUUGGGCUUCUCGGCCGGGAUCCCGAAAGCGUCGAGCACAUGAUCCACGCUGGCGUUUGCACGGUAUUUGCGAAAAUCCUCAAAGAAGGUCCAAUGAAAGUUCAAGCCGUGAGUGCGUGGGCAGUAUCUGAGUUGGCUGCUAAUUACCCCAAAUGUCAAGAUUUGUUUGCCCAGAACAAUGUCAUCCGAUUACUCGUUAGUCAUUUGGCGUUUGAAACGAUUGAAGAACAUAGCAAAUAUGCAAUUGCUAGUAACAAGGCUUCAUCCAUCCACGCAGUGGUUAUGGCGAGUAGUAAUAGUAAUUCGAAUGUGAAAAAUGUUGUUGAGGAAGAUCAUCAGACUCAGAUUCCGCACCCAAUGGGGAACCGAGAGCCGAAUCAGAUGCAUCAUGUUGUUAGAAAUACUAUGGCAAUGCAAGGAGGGGCGAAAUUGCCACAAAAGCCUAGUAAUAACCAUGUUAGGAGUAAUAGUCAGGGCAAUGUCAUCGCCAAGCAAGCUCACCAGCUCAGUUAUCAGUAUCACCAGAAUGGUCUGAUUACAGGGGCGAGUACGAAGGGAAGGGAAUCGGAAGAUCCUGCAACCAAGUCUUCUAUGAAAGCAAUGGCAGCUAGAGCCUUAUGGCAUCUUGCAAAGGAGAAUUCGCUUAUCUGCAAGAGUAUAACUGAGUCCAGAGCAUUGCUAUGUUUCGCUGUUUUGCUUGAAAAAGGAACUGAAGAAGUGCGGUUUAAUUCAGCUAUGGCAUUGAUGGAGAUUACAGCUGUGGCAGAGCAGGAUCCUGAUUUGAGAAGGUCUGCUUUCAAGCCCAACUCUCAUGCUUGUAAGCUCAUCGUGGACCAGCUGUUGAAGAUCACUGAGCAGGCCGAUUCAGAGCUGCUGAUUCCUUGUAUCAAGGCUAUCGGAAAUUUGGCUAGGACGUUUAGAGCUACGGAAACAAGGAUGAUUGCCCCUUUGGUCAAACUUCUUGACGAAAGGGAAGCCGAAGUUUCCAAGGAGGCUGCAAUUGCACUCGCCAAGUUUGCUUGCACGGACAACUAUCUACACCUUGAUCACUCCAAGGCAAUCAUUAAUGCAGGAGGUGCAAAGCAUUUGAUUCAGCUUGUGUAUUUUGGGGAACAUAUUGUUCAACUCCCAGCAUUACUUCUCCUAUGCUACAUUUCCCACCAUGUACCUGACAGCGAGGAACUUGCUCAAGCCAAGGUUCUUACCGUGCUCGAAUGGGCAUCCAGGCAAUCCAACAUGACCCAGAAUGCAACUGGCAAACUCUUACAAGAGGCCAAAAGUAGAUUGGAGCUGUAUCAGUCUAGAGGGUCAACCGGAUUUCAUUGAUUCAAUCACUUUCCCUUUGUAAUUUCUCUCUUUAUACAGUACCCCAUCAUUGAGUUCAUAAUUCUAAAUUGGAGUGUACAUACAGUUAGAAGUCUUCCAGAUGCAUGCUAAGUAGUAUUGUCAGCCAUUUGCAGAGUUGCUGCUUCUUUUUUUUUUUUUUUUUCUGUUCUGUGUACUGACCAAUUGCCCUAGGAAUCCCAGCUGUCUGUUAGUUUAUAAACUAUAAGUUAAAUUCCCUGUAUUAUUGCUUUUCCUGUAUGCAAUGUUGGGAAAUGCAAAGUUAGCCUUUUUUUUCUGCUGAAA